AUGAUGGUGUUGAAUACCCUCACGACAGUCUCAGCGCUGCUCGCUGGACUUGCCACUGCUGCGCCAUCGACCAAAGUGGACAAGCGAUACGUGGAGGAGCGCGAUGGCGUCGUACACAACGUCUUCGAGCAUGCGGCCACCGGCGCCAAGCUAUCCUACGUCAAGAACUCUGGUAUUUGCGAGACCACCCCAGGCGUAAACCAGUACUCCGGAUAUCUCUCGGUCGGACCCAACAUGAACAUGUGGUUUUGGUUCUUUGAAGCUCGCAACAAUGCCUCCACUGCCCCUCUGGCCUCAUGGUUCAACGGAGGACCAGGCUGCUCAAGCAUGAUUGGCCUAUUCCAGGAAAAUGGACCUUGCCACUUUGUUGACGGUUCGUCGACGCCAUCUCUGAAUCCUUACAGCUGGAAUGAGUAUGCAAACAUGGUCUAUAUCGACCAGCCGAUCGGAACCGGUUUCAGCUACGGAUCUGAUCCUGUCACCUCCACCGUUACGGCUGCUCCGUAUGUAUGGACAUUCCUCCAGGCCUUUUACGCGCAAUUCCCUCAAUAUGAAAACCGCGAUUUUGGACUUUUUACAGAGUCAUAUGGAGGCCACUACGGCCCAGAAUUUGCAUCCUAUCUCCAGCAACAAAAUGCCGCCAUUGACAGCGGCAGAGUCCAAGGCGAAAAGAUCAAUCUCGUUGCUCUCGGUAUCAACAAUGGGUGGACCGAUCCUAUCAUCAGCUACAAGGCCUACCUCGACUACAGCUUGAACAAUACCUACAACCAGAUCAUCACCCAGAGCGAGUAUGAUUCCUAUCUCAACACGUACAACUCCGCUUGCGUGCCAGCGCUGAACAAGUGCGCGAGCUCCGGAACAAACUCCGAUUGCUCUUCUGCAGAAGACACUUGCUACGAUGACAUUGAGGGCCCCAUCUCGGAAUCAGCCGACUUUGAUGUUUACGAUGUCCGAGAGCCGUCGAAUGACCCAUAUCCCCCUGAGACAUAUGCCACAUACUUGACAAACUCUGCUGUGGUCAAGGCCAUCGGAGCCAAGAGCACGUAUACCGAAUGUUCCGACCCUGUCGACUACAAUUUCUCAUCGACCGGUGACGACUCCCGAAGUCUGCUCCCUGCACUUUCCAGCGUUGUUCAAUCAGGAAUCCAAGUGUUGCUAUGGGCCGGCGACGCAGAUUGGAUCUGCAACUGGAUGGGCAAUCAGGCCGCCGCAGAAGCUGUAACAUAUUCUGGAUCGAGCGCGUUCAAGAGUGCCGCCAUGACACCGUUUACUGUUGGUGGUACACAAACUGGAACGUUCAAGACCCAGGGUAAUCUAUCAUUCUUGAGAGUCUUUGCCGCUGGCCACGAAGUUCCAUACUAUCAGCCAGCUACUGCCCUUCAGGUGUUCAAGCAGACUAUGCAGAAGAAGGCAAUCUCUUCCACGUAA